GUGGGAGGAUCGGCUGUGGGCUGUGGAGGGUUCAGCAAUCCCAGUCCAGUGCUGGACCUGACUCUGGAGCCUUCCCGUCAUUGGGAUUGAGAGGUGCCUGAGUCACUAGGUCCAGGGCUCUUUCUCAGCCCGUGCUCCUCCCUCCCUGAACUUCAUGCACCCAAGCAGCUUGAGUCAUCGUGGAAGAAGUUUGUGGAGAACAAUGACAGGUUGGAUGAGGAAGCAAAGAGGCCUGAGAAAGCAGAAGUGGGGUGUAGACAGCAGAUCCUCUGUUUUUGAGGCUUGAAACUGGUACCCCCCGGGUACCUGGCAUUGCAGGGGUGACAGCUGUGCUGCAGACAUGACCACGUGGGACUGGAUGGUGUGGCUACCUGCAGCUCUGCUCCUUCUGCAGGUUCCAGGCUGUUCGUCUCUGCGUGGCCCCGACUCCGUGUCGGGCACCGUGGGGGGAUCCCUGAGUGUGUGGUGUCAGUACAAGGAGGAAUUCAGAGACCAUGACAAAUACUGGUGCAAAAGCCCAUGUGUGUGGAAGAAGAUCGUGGAGACCACAGAGUCACAGAGAAAAGUGACCAAAGGCCGCGUGUCCAUCAGGGACCAUCCUGCAAACCUCACCUUCACAGUGACCUUGAAAAGCCUCACAGAAGGCGAUGCAGGAACAUACAAGUGUGGGAUCGACACACCGUGGCUUGACCCCACCUUCUCUGUUGUGGUAUCUGUGACCCCAGAAGACCCCAGUUCUGGGAGGCCCACCAGCACCUCAGUUCUUUUUACGAUCCUGCCAGCAUCCACGUGGAGCACCGCAACCCCACAGGAGACCUCCAACAGCAGGCAACGUGCUGGGCCCUGGAUAGAGAGUCAUCCUGUUGAAGACCAGGCCUCUGACGGAGGGGAGAGGUCCCUGCUCAGCAGGAUCUACUUCCUGCUCCUGAUCUUCCUGGAGGGGCCCUUGCUCCUGGGCCUCCUCAGUGCUGUUCUCUAGGUGAACAGACCUCAGAAGGGUUCUGGGGGGAGGCAGAGACCGCUUGAUAAGGAAAACCGGUAACACCAAGACCCGCCCAGAACACAGUCCCUCUGAUGGAUGGGAAUGGGCCUCUGAACAAUUCAUCCAGCCAUUGUCUGUAUUUCCAUCAGAAUACUCUGUAAACGUUUUUGUGACUUUUCCUGCAAUGUAUCAUAGACAUUGAGAACGUUCCCAAUAAAUGCACACUCCUUAAA